UGGCGGACUGAACGGCUGUGGCUGACAGAAAAAGUUGAAAAUUGACGCAAUAUGGAUUCUCAAACAUGCUAUUUUUUUUUGUAAUGCCCACGAAAUAAAAUUUGAGUUUGGAGCGAUGGAGUGUUAGCUGAAGUGAAGAUUGAAGACGUGAUAGAAGAUGGACGACUACUGCUAUGCUAAGAUGGCGACGUCAUGUCAAAGAGAAAGUGAAAGAGAAUCAGCAACUUUCAGCAAAUCACCAACGGAGAUAAAGACUAACACCGAGGAUAAAGAUGUCCAGCAGCUGAUUGGUCAUCCAGAAGAACUUCUUCCUCUGUCAAGGGGUAGCUCUAUUUUUAAGCACGAGGUUCCUCAGCCCCCCCACUUUAAAAAGGAAGAGGAGGAACUCUGCAUCACUCAGGAGGGAGAGUGUCUUCUAGGACGAGAGGAAGCUGAUUACACCAAGUUUCCACUGACUAUUGUCUCUGUGAAGACUGAAGAUGAUGAAGAGAAACCACAACUCUUAUCUCCACUAUCAGUUAGUGAGGCUGAAGACGAGGUUGAAGUAACUUUGAGCAGCGAUACAGACUGUGAAGGCGAUAUGAGGACUCACACUGAUAACAAACACUCUGGAUGCUCUAAAAAGAAGACAGCUAAUAAACACUUAAGCUGCUCAUUUUGUGCGAAACUCUUUACGCACAUGGGUAAUUUUACAAACCACAUGAGAACGCACACAGGAGAAAAACCUUUUAACUGUUCAGUUUGUGCGAAAAUCUUUACGCACAAGGGCAAUUUUACAAACCACAUGAGAACGCACACAGGAGAAAAACCUUUCAAUUGUUCAGUUUGUGGUAAAAACUUCACUCAAAGUGCCCAUUUGAUGGAACACGCGAGAACACACACGGGAGAAAAGAAAUUUAGCUGUUCAGUUUGUGGCAAAAGAUGUAAUAACAAAAGCCACUUGACCGAACACAUGAAAACACACACAGGCGAAAAACCAUUUAUUUGUUCAGUUUGUGGUAAAAGCUUUAUUCAAAAAAGCCACUUGACCGAACACAUGAAAACACACACUGGGGAAAAACCCUUUAGUUGUUCAGUUUGUGGCAAAAGAUGCACUAAAAAGACUCACUUGACCGAACACAUGAAAACACACACAGGCGAAAAACCCUUUCAUUGUUCAGAUUGUGGUAAAAGCUUCAGUAAAAAGUGCAAUUUGACUCAACACAAGAAGGCACACGGGAGAAAAAACAUUUAAUUCAAUCAAUCAAUCAAUCAAUGUUUACUUAUAUAGCCCUAAAUCACUAGUGUCUCAAAGGGCUGCACAAACCACAACACAAACCACUACCACAUCCUCGGUAGGCCCACAUAAGGGCAAGGAAAACUCACACCCAGUGGGACGUCGGUGAUAAUGAUGACUAUGAGAACCUUGGAGAGGAGGAAAGCAAUGGAUGUCGAGCGGGUCUAACAUGAUACUGUGAAAGUUCAAUCCAUAAUGGAUCCAACACAGUCGCGAGAUGCCAGUCCAAAGCAGAUCCGACACAGCAGCGAGAGUCCCGUUCACAGCGGAGCCAGCAGGAAACCAUCCCAAGCGGAGGCGGAUCAGCAGCGCAGAGAUGUCCCCAGCCUAUACACAGGCGAGCAGUACAUGGCCACCGGAUCGGACCGGACCACCUCCACAAGGGAGAGUGGGACAUAGGAGAAAAAACAAAAGAAAUGGCAGAUCAACUGGUCUAAAAAGGGGGUCUAUUUAAAGGCUAGAGUAUACAAAUGAGUUUUAAGGUGAGACUCAAAUGCUUCUACUGAGGUGGCAUCUCGAACUGUUACCGGGAGGGCAUUCCAGAGUACUGGAGCCCGAAAUGAAAACGCUCUAUAGCCCGCAGACUUUUUUUGGGCU